AAAGGCUGCUCCAAGUGAACAGCGGUACGAGUCGCAAGAAUCUUGUUCCGACUAAGAUCAUCAGUCUCCAACCUCUCCAACAUGAAAGUCGCCGUGUUAUUGAUCGUCGCUGUGGUAGCAUGCGUUUCAGCGGAAGAUGCAACCAAGGAAGAGGUACCUGUUCUGUUUGAUUCGCUCAACUAUGGAUUGUCUUCCAAUCUUGAUCUCAAUUUGAACAGAAAGAGGCGCUCCCUUUUCUGGGGUAGAGAAAUAGCUAAAGAAACAAACAAAGCUGUGGAUGGUAUUCAAUUCCUGGUAAGCAAAAUUCAUGAAAAGGCAAAUGACGACCUGGAUCGUGUGCAGGACUUUGUAGGCAACGUGGCAAACAAUGUAAACAACUUCUUUGAGCAAUUGCUAGAAGGCAAGUCCAGCCAAGAAAGUGCCGAUUCUGAGGACGCUAGUUCUGACGAAUCCGCCGUUGACGACUCUGCUGUUGAGGAUUCUGCUGCUGAGGAAACUGCCGAUUCCGCUGAUGAGGAAUCUACUGCUGAGGAAUCUGCCGACUCCGCUGAUCAGGAUUCUACUGCUGACUCCGCUGUUGAAGAGUCUGCUGCAGAUUCCACCGCUGACGACACUACUGACAGUUCAGAUUUUGAAACCGCUGCUGUAUCCGAUGCUGAUUCCACUGCUGACUCCGACGCUGAUUCCACUGCUGAUUCCACUGCUGACUCCGAUGCUGAUUCCACUGCUGCUGACUCCGAUGCUGAUUCCACUGCUGUCUCCGAUGUUGUGGAUUCCUCUGCCUAGACCUAAACUUCUUUAACCGUUGCCAAAGAGAGACAAACUAACAAAGAUUCAGAUUAUAUUAAAUUAACAGUAAAGCUAAAUUAUUAAAAUUGGUAUUACAUGAAAUGUACUACAAAAUAUAUUCGAAUUUGCGUUAUUCCUGACUGACUGUAUAUCUAUUCGAAAAUAAAUCUCGGCUUUCUUUGCAA